CGCAGCAGAGGUCGUGGCGUGUGUCACGCUACGAGCGGCGGCCAAACCGGCGCACCGGGCGGCGCUGUAGCCGCGCCGCCUCCUCGCCCCAGCAUGGCACACGCGAGGCUGCUGGCGACGACGCGCGUGAGCCGCGUGCUUCUCCGUGCCGUGCUGCUGGCGCUGUGGCUUUUCCUGGCCCAGCAGCAGUGGGACCUGUACCGCCAGGAGACGGUCUCCAACAUCAGGAAGGAGGAGCACAUGCAGUUCCCAAGCUUCACUGUGUGCCCCCGCUCGCCGGCCAACAAGUCGAUGCUUCGUGGCCGCGGCCCGUUCCCCUGGUCGGGCUUCGACGCGGCGACCGAUGGCCCACCAGAUCAGUGGUACAGCCAGCUCUCCAUGCCGCUCACGGCCGUCAUCGACGACUGCCAGAUGCGGUGGGGCAACUGCACGCCGCACCUGGACGCCACCAUCGACGCGCCGGUGCUCACCGAAUCCGGCACGUGGCACGUGCACGUGACGCCGCAGGGCCUGUGCUACACGUUCCGCCACACAGCGAAGCGCUCCGAGAAUAUCCUGCAACUGCGCUUCGGCGAAUUCGACCGCAACUUCAUGAUCGGGCGGAAAGGCAUGUACCGGGUGGAGGUGCACGGAGACUUGGCGCCGAUGUACGCGCAGCGCGUGAAGCAGCCCACCGCCACUCCCAUCAUCAAGAUCAAUGUGUGA